AUGGAGGUUUCUGCAAUUGGUUUUGAAGGAUUUGAAAAGAGGCUAGAGAUAUCGUUUUUCGAACCCGGGAUAUUUGUGGACCCUGAAGGAAAGUGUCUUAGGUCUUUAACAAAAUUUCAGUUAGAUGAGAUUCUAGGACCUGCAGAAUGCACCAUUGUUUCCUCACUAACAAAUGAAAAGGUUGACUCUUAUGUUCUCUCUGAGUCCAGCCUUUUUGUUUAUCCAUACAAGAUCAUAAUCAAAACAUGUGGUACUACCAAAUUGCUGCUUUCGAUUCCUUCUAUAUUGAAAUUAUCCGAGGAACUUUCCCUUGGUGUUAGAUCAGUGAGAUACACCCGGGGAAGUUUCACUUUUCCAAGUGCUCAGUCAUUUCCUCAUCGCAGCUUCUCUGAGGAAGUAGCAGUCCUUGAUAGCUACUUUGGGAAGCUUGGAUCGGGAAGUACGGCUUAUGUUAUGGGUGGUUCAGACAGCACGCAGAAAUGGCAUGUUUACUCUGCUGCUGAAGAGUCUGCGAGGUUAAUUGACUCUGUGUACACUCUCGAGAUGUGCAUGACCGGUUUAAACCGAGAGAAAGCAUCUGUUUUCUAUAAAGAACAAUCUAGUUCAGCAGCCCUGAUGAGUGAAAAUUCUGGUAUUAGAAACAUUCUUCCAGAUUCUCAGAUAUGUGAUUUUGAUUUUGAGCCGUGUGGAUAUUCAAUGAAUUCUGUAGAAGGAGAUGCUGUUUCUACAAUUCAUGUUACUCCUGAAGAUGGCUUCAGUUACGCCAGCUUUGAGACAUGCGGGUAUAAUUUGGAGGUGAUGAAUCUGAAUCAAUUGGUUGAGAGAGUGCUGACAUGCUUCCAACCAAAUAAGUUUCUGAUUGCUUUGCACGUCGAGGUUGAAAGCAUUUCAUUUGCGCAAAACUGUUUGGUGAAUGUUAAGGGAUACUGUCGCGAAGAGAGGUGUUACCAGGAACUUGGACGAGGUGGCUGUGUAGUCUUCCAGAAGUUCAUGAAGAUUUCUCGUUGUGGUUCACCUGUUUCAACUCUGAAUUGCUGGAAAGGCGAAGGGGAAGAGUAG